AUGAUUUACACUGAAGAGAUGGAAAAUGAAGAAGACAGAGAUAUGGUUAUGUUGCAUUUAGUCAGAAGAAACAACAAAAGCUUUUACGACCUUGCUAAGAUUUACAAAUCUGACAGAAAUUGGUUCUAUCGCGAAAACUUACCGAUUUCAAUGACACCAAAUGAAGAUGUUAAACAGAUAGUUCAAGAUACUUUACCUCAAACACACUAUGAUAUGAAAGGUUGUACAAUACUUACAUUCAAAGAAGAUUUGCCGCUACUGAAAGAAAAAAUAACAGAGUAUUUUGACAACUUCAAAGAGGAAGAGUAA